UUACCCCAAUAUAAGGAACUAUCUCCAAGAUAUAUAAUACAGGAACAGAUUGGUGAAGGUGCUUUUUCAAAAGUUUUCAAAGCUUUUGAUAUUGAGUUGAAUAAACAUGUUGCUAUUAAAAUCAUUGAAAAACAAGCAAUGAAUAAAUCUCAAAUAGAUUCUGUGUUGAAAGAAGUUUCAAUAAUGAAGAGAUUAAACCAUCCAAACAUUGUCACGAUUUUAAAUUUUAUAAAUAAUGAUUCGAAAAGUUUUAUCAUAUUGGAAUUAUUAAAUGGUGGUGAAAUUUUCAACAAGAUUGUCGAAUUAACUUAUUUUUCAGAAUUGCUAUCAAAACAUGUCAUCAUUCAAAUAGUCCAGGCUAUAAAAUACCUACAUCAAGAAGUUGGUGUUGUUCAUCGUGAUAUUAAACCUGAAAAUUUAUUAUUUGAUAAAAUCCCAUACAAACCAUCCACUACACCUCCUCAACUUAGAAAAUCUGAUGAAUCAAAUAAAAAAGAUGAAGGUGAAUUCAUCACAAACAUUGGUUCCGGUGAGAUUGGUGUUGUUAAAUUAGCUGAUUUCGGAUUAUCCAAAAUAUUAUGGGACCAGGCAACAACAAAAACACCAUGUGGUACUGCAUCGUAUACAGCACCUGAGAUUAUCAAAGAUGAAGCAUAUUCCAAAGCUGUGGAUAUGUGGGGGGUUGGGUGUGUUUUAUAUACUUUGUUGUGUGGAUUCCCACCUUUUUAUGAUAAUAAUCCUGAAGAAUUGACUAAAAAAGUGGCUAGAGGUGAUUAUUGCUUCCUAUCACCUUGGUGGGAUGAGAUUUCUAAAGAGGCUAAAGAUUUAGUGUCUCAUUUAUUAACAGUGGAUCCUAAAAAAAGGUAUACCCCAGAUGAUGUAUUGAAUCAUCCUUGGAUCACUGGUGUAGAGAAGUUAAUCACACCAGCUAUUGAUGCUCCU